AUGACUUCAUUGUCUGUACUUUAUCGAAUGAAAAAGUUUCAAGUUUUCGGUCGUAUUUUAACUCCCAAGUCAAUUAAGGAUUCUCCGUCUGUUACUUUAAACACUACUGAUUGGCUUUUAUCCAUAACCUUUGCCAUUAUACGCCCCGUCGUCUCCUUACGACCUAUUUCCCUUCUGUACCACAAUGGUGCAGUGCUUUUAGACCCAGCUAUUAGUUUAAAAAUCCUUCCAUAUGCGUUUCAGUUUGGAAUAAACCGUGUACCGACGAAAAAUAGAUUUAGAUUUUCCUUUGCGUAUUCUGCAGUGACCAUGUUUUUGUCAUUUAUGGGCAUUUUUAUAUUUUUAAACAAAUGCCACCGCAGCACUAUUCAAUAUACCUUACAGCAUCCAAGUUUUCUCCAGAGACAUUAUAAGGCUUGUCCAAACAAUGCAAGAGAAGAAGCUAACAAACCGUCUCCAGAUAUGCACAAUAACUUCGUAUAUUAUGUUGAGUCAAUCAAAUCAUGUCAUUGCUGUUGUCGGUUCUGGACCAAGAUUUGCGGCGCAAGUUAA